ACUGGCCCCGCCCCCUCGGCCCCUGUCCCACUCGGGUUCAAGCUGGCGGCCCCUCUUAAGAUGUAAACAAGGCCUCGCGCUCCGACCGUUAAGAGGGAGGGGCAGUGUGAGUGUUGGGCCAAGCUGGAGAAUGCCCUGAGCGAUGGGCUCCCGCAGCAGUAGCAACGCUGGCUCGGGGGGCCGGGAGAACCAAGGCAGCUGGUCUCGGAGGGACUCGGGCAUCCUGCGUAGCGAAGACGAGGACAACGAGGAUGUGGAUCUGGCCCAGGUACUGGCAUAUCUACUGCGCAGGGGACAGUUUCACCUCAUGCAGGGAGGGGGGACAGCCAGCGCCCGGGUGUUCCAGGCGGUUUCAGAUUCAGACGACGAUACUGACAGUGCUUGGGAAGGACGUUUAGGAGAUCAGUACAAACCGCCAGGUAUUGCCAAGAAGUCCAGAGUUGUUUACUUAACGCGGAUAAUGUUGUUAGUUGCAAAGUUGUGUCCGACCCAUCGUGACCCCAUGGACAACGUUCCUCCAGGCCUUCGAAUCCGCUUAUACGACUGCACCUAUGGAGCCUUCCGGAACUUCCGGAGUGUCAAAGCCCGAGACGUCGGCUGGAGCGUACUGGACGUAGCUUUCACCCCUGACAGGACACACUUCCUCUACUCCAGCUGGUCAGACUACAUUCACAUCUGCAACAUCUACGGGGAGAGUGAGACCCAGACCGCCCUGGACUUGAGGCCCGACGAACGCCGUUUUGCCGUGUUUUCCCUGGCGGUCUCCUCGGAUGGGAGGGAGGUGCUUGGCGGGGCCAACUACGGCUGCGUCUACGUGUUUGACAUGGAGCAGAAUAAGCGGACGCUUAAGGUACUCGGGGUUGAUGCCUAGGGCGAUUCUCCCUCAUCCAGGUCACAGUUGUCCCACAGUUGGCUUGUUCCAGGAGGCAGCUGGACGGGCUGGUUUUCCUUUGAAGGCCCUUCGCUUCUCAUCCACGGAGCUUCUUCAGCUCUAACUAGAUCAGGGAGGGCUAACCGUUUGUGGUGUUGUCCAGUGCCAACAAUGCGAGGGCGCGUGCACAAUAGCCCCUGAGCCUGCUGGCAUCUGUAAUCCAAAGACCAUCCCCCCAUACACAUGUGCACACAACACCCACACAUGCGCCCCCCGCUUCCAAGCUGAGCUUGGUAUUUCCUCCGUGGAAAUAGACUAGAAGACCUCCAAGGUCCCAUCCAACUCU